GAUCGUUCAUGUUUUACUUGUUUAGUGCGCAUGUUUUUAAAACACCUCUUCUUUUAAAUAUGUAUUUUCCGUUUCCAUUCAUUCAGCCUACCUGUGAAAUUCAAAGACCGAGAGACACAGGAUCACAGUUGUGAAAUAGCGUUAAAGUAGCAAAAGUGUUCCGGAAAAUGGAAGCUUCAAAAUUUGUUUUAAUUGGUUUAGUGCUGACCAUCAGUGCUUUUAUUUGUCAACUUAUUGGUUUAGCUUCACCGUAUUGGAUAUACAUCGAUCAUGGAGAAACGAAAGCAUACGGUGGCUUAUGGAAAUCGUGCUUAUAUGAUAAAGCGAUUGAUAAAACUGUCUGCAGUGAUUACCUCGUACUGGAUUGGAUGAAAGCUGUAAGGGCCACAAGCAUAAUUGGAUUCUUGCUCUUUUUAGUUGCUCUUGUAAUGGUAAUUCUAAAAAUGUUUGUCACAAAAGACAAGAAGCCAGUCUUAUUUGCGGCAAUAGGAACUGCUUUCGCUGGGGCCAUUUUUGUAUUGACCUCAAUUGCUGUCUAUGCUUCAAAACAAGAUGAGAUUAUAAGAGGAACCUCACUCCAGUACCAUUUUGCAUUCGCUUUCUGUAUAAUAGCGAUGUUAGCUGCGCUUGGUGCAGGGGCAAUCAUGAUGGUGGAUGCAAUUAAAGCUUAACACUGUUAAAUAUUUGAAAAUAAAGAGAAAAGCUGCUAGGUCCAGUUUUUUUGGUUUUUGUUUUUGUUAUUUUUACAGUAUUAUAGUAUCAAAACUAAUUUUAUUGUAAAUAAAAUCAUUUUUGGCAACAAAUUUUGUAAUAAUAUACUUGUGUGUGUUUUUUUUAACAUCUCUUUGUAAGUCAAGCUUGUAAAAUAAUGUUUGUGUGCAUGUAAGGGGGUGCUCAUUAACAACCAUGGUCAAAAUACUUUGUCAUGUUACAGAUGGUAAUUUGCAUUUGUGCACAGCAGGGUCACUGGGGGUAGGUUUCAAGAUUGUUUAACAUCUUGAAUCAAUUAACAUGUCCAGCAUCCAAUCAUCUUUUGUAAUAAAUUAUUGUCUUAUCAGAACCUGACACAUGUGAAUUCUCUCAUUCCUAAUUUCUCUGAUUUUGCUGCUGGAUGUAAAUUUUUCCAUGAACUUUGUAUUACCCACCCACCUACACCCUUUACAUAUGAACGCACAUUAUAUCAUAGUCAAAUUUCGUUUUAACUUUCAUUGAGUAUUUAAAUUAUUGUGAGUUGGCGGUUUUUAACCCCACCUUUGCAAAUUAAUUUGUCAUUAUCAAUUUAAACAAUACAAAUUGGGUUCAUUGAAUAAACGACCUUUAACACA